AACAUGCGGCGGGCAUGGGAGUGCGCCUAGCCUCGCCGCGGGAGAGCCAGCAGCCCUGCCGCCGGCCCCACGAUCCCAGAACCCGAGCCCUGAGGAGCUCCCGGUGGCCCGGCUCCUAGGCGCUGUGGCCGCGCGGGGCGCCCCUGCCCGCCCGCACCAUGAACACCAUCGUCUUCGAUAAGCUCAACGGCGCCGUGCUUUUUGAGGACCGCAGCGCUCCGGAGCGGGAGCGGGGCGGGCGCCCCUAUGGCGGCGUCCUGGACAGUCCCCACGCCCGCCCCGAGGUGGGCAUUCCGGACUGCCCGCCCCUCAAAGACAACCUCGGCCUGAGACACCGGAGGACCGGGGCCCGGCAGAACGGCGGGAAGGUGAGGCACAAGCGACAGGCUCUGCAGGACAUGGCACGGCCCCUCAAGCAGUGGCUUUACAAGCACCGUGACAAUCCGUACCCCACCAAGACCGAGAAGAUCCUCUUGGCGCUGGGCUCGCAGAUGACCCUAGUGCAGGUGUCAAAUUGGUUUGCUAAUGCAAGACGUCGACUUAAGAAUACUGUUCGACAGCCAGAUUUAAGCUGGGCUUUAAGAAUAAAGUUGUACAACAAGUAUGUUCAAGGAAAUGCUGAGCGGCUUAGUGUAAGCAGCGAUGAUUCAUGUUCUGAAGAUGGAGAAAACCCUCCAAGAAGCCACAUGAACGAAGGGGGCUAUAAUAAUCCCAUUCACCAUCCUGUGAUUAAAAGUGAGAGCUCAGUCAUAAAGGCAGGAGUGAGGCCAGAGUCACGGACCAAUGAGGACUACGUGUCACCCCCAAAAUACAAGAGCAGCUUAUUGAACCGUUACCUUAACGACUCUUUGAGACAUGUCAUGGCCACAAACGCUGCCAUGAUGGGAAAAACAAGGCAAAGAAACCAUUCGGGAUCUUUUAGUUCCAAUGAAUUUGAGGAAGAAUUAGUGUCUCCUUCGUCAUCGGAAACCGAAGGCAACUUUGUCUAUCGCACGGACACUCUGGAAAAUGGAUCCAAUAAGAGUGCAGCUAACAGGAAGGGGCUGAGCAAGGAUGACACAUAUUGGAAGGAGAUCAAUGCUGCUAUGGCCUUAACGAAUCUCGCACAAGGAAAAGACAGACUGCAGGGAACCGCCAGCUGCAUCAUCCAGAAGUCGUCACAUAUAGCAGAAGUGAAGACAGUCAAAGUGCCCCUGGCCCAGCAGUUCUGACCGUCUGCGCGUUGCAGACCAGUGGCUGUCCUUCACGCAGAGUUUUCUCACAAAUCCUCAUCUUGAGAGCUGAAGCAGGAGUGAUAAUGGCUCCCUUUGAAAUGUCUUCUUAUUUUUAAAUAUCCUAAAUAUUUCAUGUAGUUGCUUCUAUAAAAGACAUAUAAAUUAUAAAAACCCUCACUUUAAUCAAAAGUAUUAACUUAUUUUAUGUUAUUCAAACUAUGCAUACAAUGUCUGCAUUGCCAUCACAGUAAGUGCCUUGCUUCCUGAAAAUCAGCUACAACGUGGGCACAGCAGAGCAGCUAUGCCUCAAAAUGACAACGCCAUAAUGCUUCUUAGUCUCUGUGUGUCGUUCCAGAUGGACCUGACCAUUCCAGGACUGAAACCAUAAUUGCCAAAAGCCCUUGAAAUAUAUUCAAUAAUUCACAUGUGAAAACUUGGAAAUCCAUUCUGCCCAAAGGAAAUGUUCCUUUAAAAAAAAUUUCUGCCGUACUUAAAAUUGUUCGGUGUUCUUUGCAGAGUGACAGUAAGACUUUUAUGCAUGUAUCUUGCUUGCAUAUCUAGUACAUUACAAACUUUCAAAAUGAAAGGUGCAGUGAUCACAUAGUGUGUAAAAUUAAGAAGAAUCACAAUGAAUACGUUGUGAUCAGAAAAGCUUUUUCCAAGCACUGCUAGAAAAUACAUGCCUUUUAGAGUUAAUUUGGAUUUUCUUUUUCUCAAGUUUUGCUGAAGUUUUUUAAAACAAAUUAUUAUAUAGAUAACUCGAAAUUUUUCUGUGUAGAAGUAAACUUAUUGCUUAGUUUUAAAACAUAAACUUGUUUGCUAUUUUUGUAAUGGAAAUUGUUUUUCUUAAGGAAUGGCUAAAAACCAUUUAUUUGGUUCAUUUCAAAUUACAAUUGCUGAUGGGCAAUUUAUUUUGCAAUGAGAACAAGAUAAUGAAAGAAAUGA